CGUCACUUACCGGAUGAAGCGCUCCCAGCAAUCCGGAAGAAGCCUCCCUGUGACGGAGCUGCUGCCUGCACCGCCUGAAUAACGUCAGUGUUUGAGGAAUGUUGUGGUUGUUUGUUGUGUACCUCAUCUAAUGAUGCGUUCACAUAACGAACACACGUAGCAGCUGGGUCGGGGGUCGGUCGCUGUUGUGCAGAGUUCAGCUUCCUGUUGUAAGACUCACAGUCCAUGUAAACAGUCCGGACUGGUUCAGUCAUCAUGGGCAAUGGAAUGAAUAAGGUUGUUGAUGGACUCUACCUGGGGAAUAUCAGAGAUUCAGAAAACAGAGAAAGUCUGUCAAAGAAUGGCAUCACCCACAUCCUGUCUGUGUACAACAAUGCAAAACCUGUGUUUGAGGACAUGACAUAUCUUUGUAUUCAUGCAGCAGAUGCUUCCAGCCAGAACCUAUCGCAGCAUUUUAAAGAGUGCAUCAGCUUCAUCCACGAAUGUCGCCUGAAUGGUGGAUCUUGUCUCGUUCACUGUCUGGCAGGUGUAUCCCGCAGCACUACCAUGGUGGUGGCCUACCUGAUGACUGUCACACACUACAGCUGGGAUGAGUGUCUGUCUGCAGUUAAGGCCGCUCGCUCUAUUGUCGGCCCAAACUUCGGCUUCCAGCAGCAGCUGCAGGAGUAUCAGCAGACGCAAGUCUUAGAGUACCGAGCAUGGUUACAGUCCAGUUUCCGUCCCAGUCCAUUUAAUGACCAGGAGCAGGUGGAAGCCCUCCUGAGCCAGUACACAGAGCAGCAGGCGAGCCAGAGGAGAGGAGCAGAUCAGCGCUGGAUAAAUCAUGGUGAAGCUGUCUCUGCUCUGCCGUCUAACGCUGAUGAUCCUGAAGGCAGCAGCUGAAACAUGCUAAAGUCCUCCUGCCCAGUUCUGUCUGGAAAAGGCAGCAGCUUUUAUUCUGUACUCAAUUCCAAAUCAACCCCUAAAUUAUAAUUAUAGCCAAGGCAUUUGUACGAAUGCCCCCUUAAGAAUCAAGUUUUUUAAGCCUUUCGUUAACAUAACUAUAUUUGAAUCGGUCAUAGUCGAUUUGAAGCAGUGGAGGUUGAUUUAGAAUUGUUCAACAGACUCGUUUUCACUACCAGUACCUCCCAUGCUCACUUACCUGAGUACAGCCACAAUAUCAGUGCUCACAGACGCCUUAUUCCAAACACCUCAGCACCUUAGCCAUGAUGAAUACACUACACUCCCAUGUGGUCACAUCACACCUGCAGCAUUCAGCUUGGUAGCCUUAAAGAUGUGACUGAUUAUGAAUGGAGUCCUAAAGGAACAAUUUGCCGCUAAUUUGCCAGAUUGACGGCAUAAGAUUUAUGCAUCCUGCUGAAAGCUGCCGUAAUGCUUGACACGAUUAACACUGCACAUGCUGAUGAACUACACAACGAGAACGGCUCUCGGUGGAGCUCAUACCUCCCCCAAGGCCCAACAUUUGCACAUUCUUACAGAUACACUCUCAUAGGAGGCAAUAACCAAAUAUAGGUAGAUUUUCUGGCCACUUACAGAGGUUACAACAACAAUAAAUACAGUACUGCCGCACAUCACUGCCAUGUAUUAAACAGCUUUUGUUCACACCUAGUUGGAUACUGUUCU